AUAAAUUAUAACAACGAUUUUAAUAAUUGACACAAUAAUUUUAAUAAUCAUAUAUAAAUAUGAACAUGAUGAAUAUAAUCAUAAGAUCAAACCACACUCAAACCAUGGUCAACGCCAUAAGCAUGUAAAUAAAAAAGCAGUAACCCAACAACAUGCAGAGUUGCAUUUUUUCAUCUUUGGUCUACACACCCACAGUGUAUUUUGAUUCAUAUUCUGGUAUUUCAAUUGCAGAUUUCUAGUGAAAUAAUGGGUAUAGUAAUCUUUGUUGGUUAUCUGUUUACAAUGUUUGGUUAAAUUAUUGAAAAUGUAUAAAGUUUCAAGGAGAAGUUGUUCAGUUAUAUCCUGCUCUAACAGUUGGUACAAAAUAGAAAAAUGGAUGCAAGAACAAUGUGAAAUACAUAAAUGUAACAAGGGAACUGGAUCAUGUGACUGUUCACCUCCAUUUCAACUUAUACCUUUUCCCACUGAGAGAAAAGAUCCUGCUGGUCGCAAAAAAUGGACAACAAUUGUAAAUCGAAAAAAUGGAAACAAUAAUUGGCAACCUAAUUCUGAAUCUCGAAUUUGCUCCAAACAUUUUGUAGAUUGUGAACCAACUCUUAGUAACCCGUUACCAACACUUGACUUGGGUUACACACCAAUACAAGUAACAAAAUUUAGGCCCCCUCCACGUGAAAGACAUGACAGUCCCCCUCCUAAGAAAACAAAGCGAAAACUUGAGAAUGACCUCUCAGUUGAGGAUUUGAACAAACACAUAACUUCUGAUCAUGACUACAUGUAUAUACAAGACACAGACUGUAACCGUGAAGUAAUUUUAUUAAGGGACCAGGUACAGAAACUGCAAAAAGAAGUCAAUAUGUAUAAAUCUGCUUACAUAAGAUCUGUCAAUACUAAACGCAAAACAACAUUUGACAUAAAUGUUAUAUUACAAAGUGACAAAAAAUGCAAAUUCUAUACAGGCAUACCAAAGGUUGAAACUUUCAAUGACUUUUUCAUUGAAUUGGAACAAAAAGUGAGGCAAAUGAGACAUUGGAAAGGUCCAAAAAGGACAUGCAAUCCACUUAAAAACAAGAAAUAUACAAGAUCAAAUUCAAACAGAAAAUUAUCACUUAAAUUUGAAUUUGCAUUGACCCUUAUGAAAUUAAGGUUAGGCCUGUUGUUUGAAGAUCUUGCUGACCGAUUUGGAAUUUCUACCACCCAUGCUUCUAACAUAUUUACAACAUGGAUAAAAGUUUUGUCCAGUACAAUAGGAUCUUUGGUGUUUAACCCAUCAAAAGAGGCAGUUAAAACAAAUUUACCACCUUCUUUCAAAGGAACAAAAUACAUUGAUGUCCGUCACAUCAUUGACUGCACCGAAGUAUUUUUAGAGAGACCCAAUAAUUUAGAGGUUGCAGCUCAGACAUGGAGUGAUUAUAAACAUCAUAACACAGCUAAAUUCUUAGUGAGCAUAAAUCCUUCUGGCUUAAUUAAUUAUGUUUCAGAGGGUUUUGGUGGUAGAUGCAGUGAUAAAUAUAUUACUAACAAUUCUGGUUUUUUAGACAUUCUUGAACCAUAUGACUGUGUAAUGGCUGAUCGUGGCUUCACCAUAAGGGAAGAAUUAGCUUUGGUAAGAGCACAACUGUUUAUUCCACCAGGUCGUAGAGGUGUUACACAAAUGUCAACAAAUGAAGUCCAACAAACAAAAGAAAUUGCUAAUCGUAGAAUUCAUAUUGAGCAAGCUAUACGAAGAAUGAAAUACUUUAGAAUACUGAAGUAUGAAGUGCCGCUUACUCUCAUGCAACAUUUGGAUAGUAUUUUUAAAACAAUUGCAGGAAUAUGCAACAUGUACCCCCCUCUUCCAAAGUAUGAGACAUAAUUU